AUGCGCCCGUCAACCCCCUCCUCUAACUCUACCAUUGCUGCGCGCAUUUCUAUGCGUUGGGUGCCAGAGUCGCCCUUUGAAAGCACCAACACGCUUGCUUUAGCCGUCGGCGAAUGGUAUGUUGACUUGCGGGUCGAUCGGCAAUCCGCAGGCAUUGAUUGGGCGCUGGCAGGGGAGUGCCGACUGGUGAAUACGAACCCGCGUCGUGUGGUUUUCACCCAUGUCAUUGAUUCCCACCGGAAAUUCAAUGUGAGCCAACCUUGCCCGUUUGUGCCUUUAUCCAAUGGGGAUGACAUGGAGACUGGAACGAUGGCUCGUCUGGACAGAGAAGGGGCACCUAUGACCGAUUAUGAGGAGAUCUGGAGGUAUCUUCCCCUGCGAGAGGUGCCAGAAGCCUUUGGGGGUAAUACCUCGUGGGUCUUGCAAUCGGUCGAGGAUGUGGGCGAAGGACGAUAUCCCGUUAGUAAAGAGUUCUUGGCAAAGGUUGGAAGAUUCUAUCUGGUCCUUCAUCAGGAACAAAGUCAAGUGAGCACUCGAGCACCUGAAGGAAAGUGGACGGUGGAUAUCACCGGUGAACAAGUGAGCGCCCGGCGGGAGGAGUGGCUCGGUGAUCACUGGGAAGAAAAGUAUGUGCUAGGGCUUCAUGGGGGCAGAUUGCCAUCCAUGGCCAAGGAUCUCAUUGGCAGAGAUCAGAGCUGGCGGUGGACUCCAGGCGAGAAAGUCAGCAUUCGAGGUUCUUCAUACGUGGUGCGGGGAGUCGAGGCAAUCUUGGCUAUUGCGGCCAAAAUGUGA